AUGAUUGACCAAAAAAGUACUAAAAUAAAAAAUGAUCACAAUUUGAUUGGUAGUUGUGAAAUGGAAGAUUUAACAAGUAAUAAAAUAGAUGAUUAUUCACUAGUCUAUCCAUAUGAAGUAGUUAAUAGGGAGUUUUUUGGAUUUAUUGAGAAAACAUCUUUUAUAAAGGAAAACUUUGAGUUGUUAUCCAAAGUAGGUCAAAAUUUAAGAUUGAAUUAUAAAGAUUGGCUAACAGUUGAUUAAGCUAGAUUACUUUUUUAAUAGAAUAUGUAUCAGUUUUGUUGAAUUUUCUAGCUAAAAUGCAAAAAAAAAAUCAAUAAAGUGGAGUGAUUUCGAGAAAAAACUAUUUUAUUGGAUUGUUAUGCGAUAUUAUAUCUAUUAAGGAAUUAAAGAUAAUAAAUAAUUAGUAUUCAAUAUAAUAAAGUUCUUAAAAGGCUACUAAUCAAUGGAGAGAAAUAUCAAAAAUGAUUUUAGGAAGAAAUGCUCAUUAAUGUCGAUUAAAAUGGGAACAAAAAUAUAAAAUUCCUUUAUCUGAAGCACCUUGGACUGAAUAAGAAGACAAUUUACUUUACAAAGUCCAUGAGUAAGUGUAUUUCUAAAUAUUAGAGAAUUUAAAAAAACAGGUAAGGAAAACAAAUGGUCUUAAAUUUCAAGGGAAAUUUAUAAAAGAUCUAAUAAUAAAAUAUUCAGAUAACCUAAAUAAUGUAGAGAACGAUGGAUUAAUCGUUUAGAUCCAAAUAUUUCUAAGUAUUAAAAUGAUAAUAAAAUAGUGAUCCUUGGGAUAAGUAAUAAGAAAUUGACUUGUUGAAAACGAUAUUAAUGAAAGGUAAGAAAUGGUCAGAGUUGUCAACCCUUUAUGGAAGGGUUAGAACAGAGAAUUCAUUAAAGAAUAAAUACAAUUCACUUCUAAAAAAAGAAAAAUUGAAAUAUGAAUUUGAAACGAUAAAUCCUCAUUUAUUUGAAAAAGUGUAAAAGUUGCGAAAGGACUAUGCUAAAAGAUAUGGUAACAUCACUCCAAUAGAAGAAAUAGAUAACUAUGAAUGGCAGUUUAUAGUUUUAGCAAUUUAAGGCUUAUAUUUUGAAUAGUGUAUAUAGGAAGGGAAGAUAGAAGAAGCUUAAAAAAUAAAAAAUGAUGAUUUUUUUAAUCUAUUUCAUGAAGAUCCAUCUAUUAAAACAUCCAAAAAUAUACUUUACAAAAAAGAACUUACUAUUUAGAAGGUAGAUCCAAAUAUCAUUCUUAAUAAUGAAAAGUGUGGAGUCGUUAUUUUUAAUCAUAAAAAUAAUAAAUUAUAUUUAACACCUUAUAAUGUGAUAGAUUUUUAAAAUAUAGUCCUAAAUCAAAUUAAAAAGAAAGUUAAAAUAGAAGAUAAUGCUACAACUUCAUCCACUUAAUCAGAUCCUAAUUAGAAUUAUCUAAGAACUUCAAUAGGAACUUAAUCAAUUUAAUAAUUUUUAUACCUUUCAAAUCAACCUAAUUAUUAUGUUCCCUUAAAUUAAAGUAUUUUCAAUAACUAUUGGUUGCCACCAGUAUUUCCAUAGUAAAUUGCAUCUUCCCAAAUCUAAAAUAAUAAUAAUUAUAUUAGUCAUUAAACAUAAUUUUUAGAAGAUAAACAACAAUAAAAUACUAAGCCAAGUAAAUAAGAUGAUUUUAAUGAUAUUUUUGAUUAAAUUGGAGUUGAUAUCAAAAUUGUAAAUUCGGAUGAUGAAAAAUGA